CAAUUCUUGCUUUAUCACUGGUGUAGAUCAGCUGAUUGGAGAGCCAGAGCUUUGUCAACACUGGGACCUUCUAUCACAGCCUUUGCUUAGCACGCCUUUUCUUCAACCACUAGUGACGGUAAUAUUUGCGGAAAAGGGAUCAAAACAGGACUGAGAGGAAAACAAAUGAGGAUUCGCAAGAAGUUGGUUGUAAAUUCUCUGGAAAAACUCGACAGGCAUCCUCAUUUCUGCUGCACACCCAGCAAAGGGAGUAUCACAUGUGAGUGUGCCUAUGCCAGCGCGUGAGCAUGCAAGUAACUUCAUCAGGACGGCAACAAACCCGAGAACCUCUUAACCCCUUGGUCAGGCCCUGGCUCUAAGAUGGUGCGACUCAGGUGGCGCGUGCUAACAACUGGAGAUAACAACACUCAGGGGCACACAUGGUCUUAAACAACAACCACUGAUUUGCUGAGACUGAAAAGAAUCGUAGGGUAAUUUGUAAACCUCUCUCCACCCUGUCAUGCACCACUGAGGAACAUAACAGAAAAAGGGGACUGUGCACAGAGAAGUGUGCGCCGCAGAAGGGCGGUGAUUUUCCUGAUUGCUGGAUUGCUUAAUUACCCCUUUGGGUUUGGGAAUCACGCCUGGAGUUUUAAGGCACAAAGGAGGACAAGAAAGGAGAAGAUGAUUUAAGUUUUUGCGGCAGAGAGAUGAAGUGAAGGAGGAGGCUGUGUGGGUCAGAGUCAUGAUGUGGAAGUGCGCUAAGCAAAUGGAAAGCAAAGCGGGAUAUGGCUGAAUGUCCUGCUGGAACUAAUUCAGUGCUUAUUGUUGAAUCUGAAGAGUCUGAAACAGUUUAGUAAGUGUGAAUAUCUGGACAACCCACCGACCUAAGGAUUUACGGCUGGGGAUUUAUUUAUUUUUUGCUCAGUUUUUAAAGAAGACCUCUCUGAGGGACAAUGAGAGGAGACAGGAGAUCCGCAUCAUUCCGAAAGGAGAAACCGGCGGGCCUUUCCCGGGCUCUCAGCUGGCUCAACGUGUCCAACCUCUCCCGCCAGAGCAGACGCGUCUUCCAGAGCCAAAACGAGCUCAACGUGGUUCACAGCCGCCACCCGUACUCUCAGUCUCACAGUCACCUUCACACCUCAGACGGAGACGAGGGUGAGGACGACGAUAACUGGGUGUACCGGCCUCAACACAAAAUAGCGGUGUCUAACCUGGAUGAGGAGAGCAAGUGGACAGUUCACUACACAGCUCCGUGGCACCAGCAGGAGAACGUCUUCCUACCGGGAAGCAGGCCGCCCUGCGUAGAAGACCUCCACCGCCAGGCCAAAGUCAACCUCAAAACUGCCCUGCGAGAGUGUGACAAGUUGAGGAAAGAUGGUUUCCGGAGCUCCCAGUACUACUCUCAGGGCCCCACCUUCUCUGACCCCAUUCAGUCCACCAGCAGCCUGCAGGAUGACGGGGAUGAUGAAAAUGAUAAGAAGUCCACCGCUUCAUCGCUGGAGGAUGACAAAUCUCAGCUUUCCAUGAGGUCUCAGACGCCGCAGGGCAUGGGCGAAGGAGGGGAGGGGUACGACCCUGACAGACAGGUGGUAUGGAACAAGGCUGCCCUCCUCCCCACCCCAGAGGAGAAGAUGAGGCGGGCAGCUCAGGCCGUACCCACAGACAUAGUUGCCAUCAAUGUCACAGGGGCAGUGUUUGACCGACAGGCGAGCAUCCGGCGCUCCCUCAUUAACACUGACACCGUGUCCCGCCGGCCCAAGAAGGUCAAACGCAGAAAGACUAUAUCAGGGCUGCCUGACAACAUCAACCUGGAGCUAGCAAAAGGACACUGCGGAGAUCUCCGGCCACAUUCUAUGUUCCUCCCUGGACAGUACUCCACACUUGGCCGUACUGGGAGUGUCAACUCAACUCUCCGACGUUCGGUGACCAGAGACUCGAGCUGUCAGACAGAAGAAGUAAAGAUCGUGCCCCCGUCCAUGAGAAGAAUUCGCGCGCAGAGAGGACAGGGAAUCGCUGCUCAGAUGGCUGGCAUAUCCGCUUCCUCUUCAACAGGAAGUAUAUCCAUCUCCAGCAGCGACAGCUCUGGAAUACUGAUGCUGCCGCAGCAUUUUAAUGGAGACCCGUCGCGUUUUCACAGUCUGCCCCGACAGGGCGCAAGAGUGUCCCUCAGUGCCGAUCCCAUCUAUAGCAGCACGCCCAUCAAGUCAGAGGAACAUCUGCAGAGGCAAAUUGGAAAGCUUCAGGUCGACGAUACUGUGGUACACAUGAGAAACGCCCCGAGGACAGGAACUUUGCCCAGGCCCAAGUCCCAGGAGCUGAAGGGGACACAGUCCAGUGAGUGGGGCGGGGGUCCGGCAUGUGUGGUUUCCCCUCAUGCUGCUUAUUCCACCUCAUUCAUCCCCAAUGCCACCAUGUCCAGUUCUGCUGAGGUUAUUACCCUUAACACCUCGAGCCAGCUCACCCAGUCCCCGGUCUCAGCUUAUCCCGCAGCUCGAGCGCUCAGUCUGGGUUCCCCAACUAAUGCUGACCCGCUGAUCUCUAGUCCAGCAGCCUUCACCCACAGCUCCACCUGCCCUGCCUUGGCCACGUCUACUCCUACUCACACAGCACAGGAUAGUGGCCUGAAAGUCAGAGCACCUGCCAGUGAGUCAGGUCACUCUGACAGUAGCGCCCACAGCCACAGCACCUUGGCCCCCACUCCACCAUCCUGUCUGCCGGAGGAGAACUGGAUCUACGACACACCAGAAAAUGUGGUGGCUCCACACCGCACUCUGACCUCCAGUUGCUCCACUCCAAUCAACCAGCUCUAUGGCAGCCUGGAUCAGUCCUCUAGGACCACUACUGAUUCCAGCUCUCUUUACUCCCAGGACAAUGAUGGAUACUACACCUCUAUGCACCUGGACUCAGGCCUGCGCUCGCGCAGUCACGGUAGCGGGCACGGGGUGGCAGCUGGCCGGGCCACCAGACACAGCAUGUACGAGUGCCGCGAGAUGGCCAAUCAGGAGGACUCUGGAAGCCUGUACAGUGACCGCUCGUUAUCACGCAGCAUCUCGCUACGCAAAUCCAAGAAGCCUCCCCUGCCACCAGCUCGCACGGAUUCUCUCAGACGCAAGCCAGCUGCAAAAAUGCCCCCCGGAGGUGUUAGCGCCAUCAACGGUGCUAACGGGGAAAGGGGUACAACACUUAAUGAAACUCUAAUUGCAAGCUUGCAGCAGAGCCUGCAGAUGGGGUUGAGAGGAGGGAAGGGAAAGGGUGCGUCGCCAUCAUCAACCUCUCACAGCCCAAGCAGCGAUUAUGAUGACCCUUGGGUCCUCAGGCCGCGCAGUCACAGCAGCAUCAGUGCAGGCAGCUCCGCAGCAUCACUAGCAGCUAACGCAAACUGCGGCGGCGUGUCUAGCGUGUACUCUCUAUGCCAUGUGACACCUGCCCACAGUGACACCAGCAGCCUGCGCUCUGACUAUGCCGACUCUUGGGGCUACUACAUGGACUACCCUCGUAACAACUCGGACCAGGGGGAGCAGACACCCCCAGCCCAUGCAGCAGAUAACAUGUCAGCCGGCGUUCACCCAGUAGUCUUACAGAAUGGAGGAGGGAUUCACAAAAGUCAGAUCCCUGGAGCUCCAGGUCAGGAGCGAGAGGUGUCGGCGAAGCCCAAAGCUUCCACCUCCUCCCCAGACCGGGUGCAUAGACUCACCUCGCCAUCUAGUGGCUACUCCAGCCAGUCCAACACUCCCACAGCUGGAACCCCAGUGCCCGCCUUCGCCAGGUCCAUGUCUCCCUCGGGCGGCCGGCCAAAACCCAAAGUCCCCGAGAGGAAGUCCUCUCUCCUCUCAUCAGUUUCCAUGUCCUCCUCUUCUACCUCCCUUUCCUCCAACACUUCAGACUCACUUAAGAGCAACGGUCCUCCUCCUCCACCACCACCACCUCUCCUCUUCUCCUCCUCCUCAACUCCCAACACCCCUCUCAGCCCACCUCCACCCUUCCCUCCCCCUCUACCGCCAAGCUCUAGCACAGCUUCCCUGAUUCCUCCACCAGCUCCCCCAUUGCCAACCACUCCUCAGGGAGGUUCUCUAAGCCUGAACUCUACUUGCUCCACCUCCCCGGAAUUCCCUCCACCUCCAUCCCCCGAGAUGCUGAUUCACCCGAGUUCAUCUCCCAAUGGGAGCUUCAGUCCCCCUCCUCCACCACCACCCCCACCACCUCCUCCUCCUCUGCCGGCUACUGUUACAGCUUCCUCCUCCCCAUCUUUUAAGAAGGCACUAAAUGAUGCUCCUAAAGCAGCUCCUUCUAACAGUCCCACAAACUCACCUAAGCCCCUCAUCACACCAUUUGCACUGCAGAGCGUUCAGCUUCGUUCAGUCAAGCGACCAGAGAAGGAGAUCACAGAUGACAACAAAGCUGAGAAAACAGGGAUGGACCUCCUUCAGGGGCUAAAGCCUCUGAGCCUGGAUAGCUGUUACUCUCAGGAGCAUCCCACUGUCUUACCCCUGUUGAACAGCUCUCUGGAAGCGGAUUCCCAUUAUUCCUCACCAUCGCCUGUGUCAAAGCUCCUGGAAGAGUUGUCACUGGAUGACAGCAUCACAGAGGACUCACCGGACAUUGCCAUCGUAAAUGGAAAAGCUGAUGAUGAGAGUUACACACUUGUGAAUGGGAAUGAAAAAGAGGAGGCACUAGCGUUGCCCAGUCCCCCACAGAGCCACGAAAGCUCUCCCAUCAAGCAGAAGGCCCCACCCCCAGCAGUCUCCAAGAAGCCCAAAUUUUCCCUUGUCCCACCAGUAAGCCCCCAAACAAUAAAUAAACUGUUUCCAUCUCAGCAGGAAGAGACUAACAUCCCCCAAACAGAAGACCAAGUAGAUUCUCCGCGAAGACAAACAAAAGAAGAGGUGAAAGAGGAGGACGGUGAGCAUCAGGAGGAGAGAGAAGACACUUUAGAGCAUUUAGCAGAGAGCAAAGGAGCAUUCACUGAAACCCGAUACGAGUCUUGUAUCACUACAUCUGUUAGCAAGGAGACGAGUAAUGCCUCUGGGCUUUAUACCAACGGAGAGGCUGAUGAAGAAGAGGAAGAGGACUGUGAUGGGACGAGCAGCACCACAGGGUCCAUCAGCUCCAAGGACGACGAGGCAGGUGACGUCUUUGAAUCCAGUACGGCAGAGUCGUCUCCAGCCCCGUCAGCAAACGGGGCGUCUGAGAAGAGCAUGGUAACCCCGACUCCCACGCGACCCCGAACCACAGAGGACCUCUUCGCCGCCAUUCACAGGUCAAAGCGCAAGGUCCUGGGUCGCAAGGAGUCCGAGGAAGACAAGACCCGGCCUGGGAGCCACUCGCAAUCUCCACCCACCACCCCGACGAGCCUGUCUCCAGGGAUGACGUCGUCGUUGCCCCGUCAGUCGGGAUCCAUCCAGCGCAAUCUCCGCAAGUCCUCCACCAGCAGCGACACCUUCAAGGCACUUCUCCUGAAAAAGGGAAGCCGCUCUGAGACCAGUUUCAGGAUGUCUGCUGCCGAAAUGCUUCGUUCCACUGACCCACGCUCCCAGCGAACACGCUCUGAAUCUGCGCUGGACUCCCCCACUGCUUCUCCCUCCUCACCGAUGGCCCUGCACAGCCCGGCCGGUUCCCCGGGCCGGGGUAAGAGGGCAGCUGACGAGCGGGGCCGUUAUGAUGUCUUUACCCUGUCCUCGCCGACUUCGUCGCCCUUUUCAAUGGGCGGAUUUAAGUACGGGCGCUCUCGGACGCCGCCCUCAGCUGCCAGCAGCAAGUACAACGCCCGCAGCCGAAUCCUCAGCAGCCCGAUGACAGUAAUCUGCGAGCGGGACGGGGAACUGGCUGAGAGCGAGUACGGAGACACGGCAGAAAGUCUGUCUCAGCCAGCAGCUCAGGCUGUCCCUGUGCUCAAAGACUCCAAUGGCACUUUAUCUGAAGAAAGCAGAAGUUAAAAGAGCAGGAGCCGCCCCUUAGCUUUGGGGAGCUGAACUUAUUCGUUGUAACCAGGCAGGGAGCUGGAAGAGGAGCCCAACACAAGGCCCUCUAGAGACACCUUCCUGAGCUCCACCCCCGCCCCUCUGAGGGAGUGGACAUGUCUGGUCCUGAUGCGGGACCUGGAUGCAGCUCCAUCACGGACCGGACAGCGCAGUCUGAAGCAGAGAAGUGGACCUGCUCCAGCUUUUUAAGACUGCCAUGAUUCUCAUUCUUUCCUUCGUUUGGUGAUUCACCUUUUUUUGUUCAAAGAAUAGUGUUUCUUUUAGACCUGGUGUUCCUAGUUUUGUUUGCCAUUUGUUUUUUUGUUUUCUUUCUACCUUCAUCCCGCAGGAGUCCUUUUAGUUUCACCAAAGGACUAAAAGCUAAGAUGGGCAAACUUAAGUGAAUUGAAGGAAUGGAGAAGUCACUGACUGUUCGCUUAACUUUGCUGCUGUGGUGCUACGUAGCUAGGAGAGAGUGGAAUGUAAAAGUGUGCGGGAGGCUCGCCUGUUUUCAGUUUCUGCUUUUCCUCUGCUGGCUGUGGGAAGUGUUUGAGAGCACCGUGGCUUGCAAGUGUCGGCUUCAAACAGCCAAUCAAUACGUGGAACAGGCGCGAGGACGUGGUACAGCAGAUGGCUCCGCGGUACAACUUCACCUACGGUUACCAACGGGGGUUUUUGUUUUUCCCGCUCUUUGAUCGGUGGUUUUAGUUUGCAGAGCUGGUGUGUUCAGGGGUCCAUAGUAAGUGCGGAGGGCUCAGUGCUGCCACCUAGUGACGGGGAACAGUGUGGAAAAAUAGUUGGGGGAUACGAAGGUUCAACCAAAACAUCAAAAUUACUCUCUGAAAAGGCUCAUAAAAGUUAGUUUGUAGAAUUUGCACUGUGCACAGGUUUUUUUUUCUUGGUGAAUUUAAAAAAAAAUUGUUUUAAUAAACCAAUUGCAUCAUGUCAUGUCACGUGUUUGGAAGUUAAGUAUGAAAUGAUAACAUUAGAGUAAAAGGAUAUUUUAUUAUCUUUUAGUGAUCGUGUGGGUUACCAAAGAGCUUGAAAAAUGAAACGGAGUUGGACGUGACAGCAAUCCGAUAGUCUGACACCCCCGUGCAUACGCUCCGAGAAGAUCCACCAGACCCUGUGGGGGCAGAUUUCUAUAUAAUUUCUAUAAUGCUGUUGACCUUUCUGUUUAUCCUUUUGCAGUUUUAUAUGGUUCUAUAUGUAAAUAAAUAGAGAAUUGAGUUUUAAGUCACACUUGACCUAUUUUCAAAGACUUUGUACAUUUUUUUUAGAACCCUCUGUUUGCUGAAAGGGAGUGGUUUCCUUUUGUGUAGAUUAUUUAUUUUCACAUAGGAGGGCGUCGGUAUGGUUUAACUGGUCCGAGUCAGCUGACGGGUGGUUGAGGCACAGGAUAGAGAGGUUAGGGGUUAAGCAGAGAAAUCAAAGAGCCACAUUUAGCUGGCUGACCCCAGCGAGCCGUUAUUCUGUUAAAGACGCAUCAAAAAGAUAAUAAUAUGAAUUUUAACCAGCCUUUAAUCUGAAGUCACCACACUGGUGCUCACGGCUGAAUAAACGUGGUCUCUUUAGGUGACAGCCGUGAGACUUCAUACCCUCCUAACAGCCAUAACAGCCUGUGUGUUAAUCACCUGUGACCAAAAAAUGUGUCUCCCAGAGCCUGCCAGGCUGUGAUUGAGCGCUCCCGAAAGCAUCUGUGCUUGUGAAAAGACAGAGAGGACAGAAGAAGUAGUGGGAGUGGAGCUGAAGGCAGGCUGCUAACGCUCUCGUGUAUGUCUGUGUAAUAAAAACAAGGUGAUAUUUAAA